CCAAGAUUGAUCACUUAGCUACACAAACCGCACUCAGCUGUCCUUUGCCCAACACCAAUCACAACAUGUCUACUCAAUUUGACGCCGCCUCUCUCGCCCGUCUUUCUCUACACCACCCCACUCACUUCAACGUCCAGCAUUCUCAAACUAUUCACCGCCUGGUUCUCCUGCAGCACUGGAAUAUUCACCCUGACUCUAAGAUACUAGAAAUCGGAUGCGGGCAGGGGGACUGCACGACUGUCCUUGCCUAUGCUGUGGGCGAGCAGGGGAGGGUAGUGGCAGUCGACCCGGCGGAAUUGGAUUAUGGUGCCCCGUAUACUCUCGGCGAAGCACAAGGUCACAUCUCGCGAGGCCCACUGGGUAGUCGGAUUACCUGGAUCCAACAAACACCCCUGGAUUACCUCUCCUCCCUCCCCUCCUUCUCUUCCACCUCCUCGCUGCCCUCCAGCAAAAGUAAGGCCUUUGAUGCAACAGUGCUCGCCCACUGCCUAUGGUACUUCACCUCCCCCUCGCUUAUUCUUUCUACUUUCCGGGCCCUCAAGCAGCACAGCAAGCGCCUCCUUCUUGCUGAGUGGUCAUUGGUAGCGACGCACCCCUCUGCCCAGCCUCACGUAUUAGCUGCGCUCACCCAGGCAGCACUGGAGUGCCGUAAGCCUAACAGUGACUCGAACGUACGCACGGUGCUGGGGCCAAAGCGGAUUACCGAGCUGGCUCUAGCUGCCGGUUGGCAGCUGGAGAGUGAGACCCGCGUGCAAGGAGAGGAAGGUUUAUUGGAUGGACAAUGGGAAGUCUCUGCUUGUCUUUCUUCUUCUUUUGAACAGGAAGUAAAGGAGCAGGUCAGUAAUGAGAGAGAACAGGCAGUGGUUCUUGCGUCACGGGAUGCAUGUGAGGCGAGCUUGGAGGGUAUACAGGGGGGUUGGAAAGGAGUUAGGGCCAUGGAUGUAUGGGUUGCUAAUUUUAUCUAA